CCCGAACCUUGGGGAUCCUUUCCAUUUUUCAUUUUUCCCCACCCCCAACCAAACCAUCUCUCCACGACUUGCCAUCAUCCAACUGCCUGCAACCCGUUGCUCGAACUAGUAAGUUGAUCCCAGCACCUGCAGGAGACUCGGUCUCGAAUUGCCACGCUCCCCGGUUUUCCACCCUACAUACCUACUUCUUCGCCUUUCGCCUUGGCCGAGCUUGCAGUCGUCUCACUACCUACCUACCCUACCUACCUUAACUAAAGGUACCAAAACACCUUGUUAGCGACCGCGUCCACCACAUUACCAGACACACUAUCUGCGUAGAAGAAAAGGUCCCCCGAUCUUCCCUCCCCCUCCCUGCUCACAUUCCAUUCUUUUUAAAGACGUCUGGUCUGGCACUUCCAUCGAGCCUUCAACGUCUUUGUUUGAUCCUUCAUCUCUCAUACCUCUUCUAUCAAAGCCCACCUUGGACCUGCUAUUAAGGAUCCUUCAGGGUACCAUUGACGUGCCUUUGAAAGAACCUUCCAAGCAAACAAGACCACCUUAACACCUUCUCAAUAAUUGCAAACUCACAACACAUUAAUCUUUCGUAAUAAAACUUUUUAUCCAUUUUACCCACAGGGUCUAACAAAUCACUUGGAUCUAUCACUCAAACCAUCACCUUACAUACACUCCUAUACCACCUUACUCCCUUAACCUUCAUACAACACAAUGGCUGCUGCACGCUCCAUCAUGCGCCUGGCAGGCAUUUCCUACCGUGCUGCCGCCUUGGUGCCCAGGCCAGCAGCUCGCUUCGCUUCUGUUUCCAACAGAGCUUUCACCAACUCUACGCAACAACCCAAGAAGUCGGAGGUCAUUAAGGAGACCGAGGUGCCAGUGUCGGUUUACACACCCGACUCUAAGGGAGUUGCUUCUGGCAACUCGGACCACUUCAGCAUCCCCGUCAAGGGCAGCAGCAGGGCUGCUGUUGCUCAACCACCCACCCCGGAAGAGGAUGAGCCGGUUGUCCCCUUAUCCUCAAAGGUGUACUCGCAAAUGCCUGGCACCAUGCAAAAGAUGUCGGUCUACGGCAAGACCAUCAUCAUUACUGGAGGCGCACGAGGACUGGGCAACUACAUGGCUCGUGCCUGUGCCGAGGCUGGCGCCAAAGCCAUCAUAAUCUUCGAUGCCAACCAGGAGCUCGGAGACGAGUCCGCUGCUGAGCUUCAUAAGAAGACAGGUCUCCCCGUCACCUUCUUCAAGGUCGAUGUGCGUGACGGAGCAGCCAUCAACGCCGCCGUAGAUCGGGUCGUUGAGCUGUUUGGCGCCCCCGAUGUCUUGGUCAACUCGGCCGGUAUUGCCGACUCGAACAUCAAGGCCGAGACCUACGAUCCCGCCAUGUUCCGUCGUCUGAUCGACAUUAACCUUACAGGCUCAUUCCUGAUGUCCCAGGCUGUCGGCCGCGCCAUGAUGGCAGCUGGCAAGCCUGGUUCCAUCGUCCUGGUGGCUUCCAUGUCGGGCAGCAUUGUUAACUACCCGCAGGAGCAGUCCUGCUACAACGCGUCCAAGGCUGGCGUCAUCCAGCUCGGCAGGUCUCUCGCCGCUGAGUGGGCCAAGUACGACAUCCGAGUCAACUGCAUCUCCCCUGGAUACAUGGAUACCGCUCUCAACAAGGUUCCCGCCCUCGAUGCUCAAAAGAAGAUCUGGAAGUCACUCACCCCUCAGCAGCGCUUGGGCAACGUCGACGACCUUAAUGGUCUCUGCGUCUUCCUCGCUUCCGACUCGAGCGGUUUUAUGACCGGCUCAAACGUCAUCAUUGAUGGUGGCUACACAUGCUACUAAGCACCGCGGGCCGGAUACCACCGUAUUUGAAAUUACAAACGCUAAUAAGUCUUCAGACAUUUUGUCGAGGCUGUUCCAAGGGAAUCGAACAUUUAUUCUCAAAAGGAUCGAUACCAGCACGGGACAAUUGCCAACGUUAUGAAAAGUUUUUUCCCUCCCCUGUUUUCUGCAGGCCAUAUCAACGGUGGUUGCAAGGCCACUGCAAAUUCCAUUACCGGCCUAUGAGAUGUUCUUAUUUUUCAAGUAACGAUAUAGAGGGGAACUGGCGCGAAUCGUUUUCAUUAUGUUUUUCACUUUUUCUUAUCUCUCAACCUGGGUAGCGAAAAGGGGUUUAAUAUUUUUGUUGGGGUUGUUUUCGAUUAGCUAGAACGGGACGCUGAUGCUAGGUUGGUCAACUGGCUGGCGGUAAAGGGAAACUUUUAAUAAAGACUACCUACUGUGGAACGCAUGCACUGUCCACAAGUAUUUUGCAUAAAGUCUUACUCUUGAGUUAGAAACACUAACCAGGUCGACAAAUUACUAGAUUAUUUUGCCCAAUCGUUCCUGUAAGUUACCCAACUCUCAAAACGACCCCCAUCAUUUCAUGCAACAUUAUGGAGAAGGGAUGUGGA